ACAAAACUCAGGAAACUGAUUUAAUCACAGUGGCUGGCGCAGAUUUGGUGCUCCGUAUACCGAACAAAUUUGCUCUAGAUUUAAUUAAUGCUUUCUUUUUAAAUUCGGCGCUAAUAUUUAGUUGUAUUUAUCCCGUUUCUCUCCGCGGUGAACAAUCAAGCCUCGACGUUGACGUGGUCAGUAGUCGUGUCGUGACUCGGAGUGACGGCUGUUCGGUCCUAUGAAUCCUCCUAAACAUCUCUACACUUUGCCCCUUUUAUAACUAACUUUAACUUUAACUUUAACCUAUCUAACAACCUUUCGUUGGAAGUUUGAAGAACACUUCAAAGAUGUCGGUAGCGGGCUUCAAGAAGCAGUUUUAUAAAGCCAGCCAGAUGGUAAGUGAGAAAGUCGGAGGUGCUGAAGGAACAAAACUAGAUGAUGACUUCAGAGACUUGGAACGGAAAGUAGAUGUGACCAGUAAAGCGGUAGUGGAGGUAAUCUCCAAAACAUCAGAGUACCUUCAGCCCAACCCAGCAUCGCGGGCCAAACUGUCCAUGUUGAACACCAUGUCUAAGAUCCGCGGCCAGGUGAAGAACCCCGGCUACCCUCAGGCCGAGGGACUGCUGGGGGAAUGUAUGGGCAAGUACGGACGGGACCUCGGAGAGGACACUAACUUCGGUGGAGCACUAGUAGAUGUUGGAGAAUCCAUGAAGAGAUUGGCGGAAGUCAAAGACUCUCUAGAUAUCGAUGUCAAGCAGAACUUCAUUGAUCCAUUGCAAGGGCUCUGUGACAAGGACCUCAGAGAGAUACAGCAUCACCUGAAGAAGCUGGAAGGUCGUCGUUUGGACUACGAUUACAAGAAAAAGCGUCAGGGCAAGAUCCCAGAUGAGGAGCUUAGACAGGCCCUGGAGAAGUUUCACGAGUCAAAGGAAGUGGCCGAGACGAGCAUGUACAACCUGCUGGAGACUGACAUAGAGCAGGUGAGCCAGCUGUCGUCCCUGGUGGAGUCCCAGGUGCAGUACCACAGACAGGCUGUGCAGGUGUUGGAGGAGCUGUCUGACAAACUCAGAGACAGGAUGAGUGAUGCUCAGAAUCGACCAAGACGUGAAUACACACCGAAACCCAAACCUAUCUUUGACUUCGGAGACGACAACCAUUCAAACGGCUGCUACUCGACCUCAAUGGCCCCUCCACCUUCACGCAACUCAGAGCCGUCUUUUCACUUGGCCACAUUGUCCUUUAGGAAACACAGAUUGUCCCCGGAGCAGCCAAGCUGUAAGGCGCUGUACGACUUUGAUCCAGAGAACGAGGGAGAGCUGGGCUUCCGCGAGGGCGACAUCAUCACCCUGACCAAUCAGAUCGACGAGAACUGGUACGAGGGCAUGCUGAACAGCCAGUCGGGAUUCUUCCCUCUCAACUACGUUGAGGUCCUCGUUCCGUUGCCACACUAAUGUAAAGAGAGCUGAGGAGGAGACUGAUGGAGAGGAGGAGGAGGAGGUGAGAGCAAGUAGGAUUAGUAGAGAGGGAGGAAAGCGAAGCCAAGGGAUGGUCCACAGAAUAUUCAUGUUCACCUUCAGCUCCGGCGUCACCAUCACAGACGAGCACUUGGAGAAGAUGGUCAUAUUUCAAAGUCCAGACCAGAACCUGUUCCACCUCCAGCCAAAGGUAAAAGGUUGGACACAAAACGUCAUCAUCCGUUAUUUGGCAGUCUGAAACAUUUCCUGAGGACUAACUGUUGACACAUUUAUAAGCAAUAUUUGUCUUUAAUCACAAAUUACUGAUAUCGUAAAGAUAAUUUAUGUUAAACCUGGUGGUUAUAAUGGGAUGGCACGUUCAAAUCAUCCUUUUGGUGUGACUGCAGUCUGUUUAACAGUCAGUUUUCAGUCUGAAGAGGCCAACUCAAACCUCACAGUAAACAUGGUGUGUAACUGGA